CAGGGAAUAAACGAUGUCUUCUGGUUACCAGUGUGGACUGUGAGUAUAUUGUGAAGAAAGCAAAUUGCACAGAAAUCAAUAUUAUUACCACGAUAUCAAGGCUAUGAAAAUGCUCUUCAGUAUCCUCAUGAAUCUGUGAAAUUAUGUGAGUACAGGUUAUUUUGUUAAAACGAUGGGGGAAAGAGCCCAAAGUCCAGACACUGAUCAAGAAAGAAAAGUAUGCAAACACCAUUACUCUCAUUAUUCAUCUGAUUUCGGAUCCUCACCACAAUCCUCUGGCCAGUCAACGCCAGUCAAUUCACCUUCAUGUGCAAGACCUAGGGAGAAAAAUCCUAAAAGACAAGUAUCAGAUAACCAGGUGCAUCACCAAGCCCUUAGGAAACUGAGUCCUAAGGGUAUACCAAGCAAAAAAGGAGUCCGAGUGGGAUUUCGUUCCCAAAGCCUCAACAGAGAGCCACUUCGGAAAGAUCCCGAUAUUGUAACAAAACGAGUUCUUUCUGCAAGACUGCUUAAAAUCAAUGAGCUGCAGAAUGAAGUGUCUGAACUCCAGGUUAAGUUAGCUGAGCUGCUCAAAGAGAACAAGGCUUUGAAAAGUCUCCAGUAUCGCCAGGAGAAAGCCCUGAAUAAGUUUGAAGAUGCAGAGAGUGAAAUCUCACAGCUUAUAUUCCGUCAUAACAACGAGAUUACAGCACUCAAAGAGCGUUUACGAAAGUCUCAAGAGAAAGAACGGGCAACGGAGAAAAGGGUCAAAGAUACAGAAGGUGAACUAUUUAGGACGAGAUUUUCCUUACAGAAACUGAAAAAGAUCUCUGAGGCCAGACACCUGCCUGAACGAGAUGAUUUGGCAAAGAAACUAGUUUCAGCAGAGUUAAAAUUGGAUGACACCGAGAGAAAAAUUAAGGAACUAUCAAAAAACCUUGAGCUGAGUACUAACAGUUUCCAGAGACAGUUGCUGGCUGAAAGGAAAAGGGCAUUUGAGGCCUGUGAUGAAAACAAAGUUCUUCAAGAGGAGCUACAGCGACUUUAUCACAAGCUGAAGGAAAAGGAAAGAGAAUUAGACAUAAAAAACAUAUACUCCAAUCGCCUGCCAAAGCCGUCUCCAAAGAAAGAAAAAGAACUUACCUCAAGAAAAAAUGCAUCCUGCCAGAGUGACUUUACGGACCUGUGUACAAAAGGAGUGCAGACCACGGAAGACUUUGAGCUGGAAGAAUUCUCUGUGACACCACAGACAAUCCCAUGUUAUAAAAACAAGUGGAACGAGCCCGAAUACCUUUCUUCGUACCUGGACUAUCAAGACCGAAAUGAGCACAAAGCAGAGAUUCGAAAUUCAAUUGUGGAAGAAGAAGGAAAGUUCAGUGAAGAUCAGGAACUGAACUCAGCACGACAGGAGGCCAGGAAGCUCGAGAAUGAAAUUUCAUUACAUAUAGAAUGGGAAGGGGAAGAACUUGAGAAAAUGAAAGAAGGAAAGACACCUUUCCUAGCAAGAGGAGAAAAGCCGGUGCUGGAAACUGGAAGGUUCCAAAUGGAAAUGUGUCACAUUCCAAACACUGACACACUGGAUGAUGAGGAAGAGGAAAGGCUAAAGACAGAAAUGCUUCUUGCCAAACUGAAUGAGAUCAACAAAGAACUCCAAGACCCUCACAGCCUGAACCGGCCCCCUUUGCCAUUGCUACCCAAUUUUGAAUCAAAACUGCACUCUCCAGACAGAAGCUCCAAAUCAUACAUGUUCUCUGAGUCCUUAGAAAGAUCGUUUAAUAGACAUCAUUUGCCAGACAAGAGUUUUCUAACUCCCAGAGAAGGCCGGAGUCCAGGCUCUAUUAGAAGUCCAGCCCCUCCAGAUGAGUUUGCCUUUGGGAGCUAUGUGCCUUCAUUUGCAAAAACAUCAGGCAAGUCAAAUCCACCUGACCAAAAAAGUAGCCCUUUACGUUUCCAAAACAGUGGUCUGGAAAACCUGAGUAAGCACAGUGCAGAUUUCAGUGCAAGGAAAGAGAAAAAGGCCAACCUGAUGGAGCAGCUGUUUGGCACCAGCGCGGGCAGCACUGUUUGCUCCAAAAGCAGCGGCCCAGACUCCCCGGCCACCAGCAGAGGAGACUGGGACCCUCUCCAAUUCCCAUCUGGGGAUAAGAGCAGCAGAGUUCGAGAGCCUUCAGAUGAAAACGAAGAUUUUUUCCUCAGUGAAGGACGGGCUUUUAAUCCAAACAGACAGCGGCUAAAGCAGGAGAACAAGCCGGCAGUCACAGCCAUUGAUUCUGUGGAGGAGGAAGUUGAAGAGGUGACUCUGAGAUGACUGGCUGGAGCAUCCAGAGUGUGUGUGUGUGUGUGUGUGUGUGUGUGUGUGUGUGUGUAUUUCAGUUGUAAAUAUUAAAGUAUUUUCAUACAGUAUUUAUUAUAAACAUUUAACCUUUUAAUGUUAAACAUCCUUAUUAGGGAAUAAUUUUUAGUAGCUAAAUACGAUGCCAUUAAACAAGCAGGUCCAGUCUGUAGCUUUUUUAAUGAAACCAAAAAGAGAGUUGUUUCUUACUUUGUUUUCACUUUUGACUUACAAAUAGGUUUAUUUAUUAAGCUAGCUCUGUGGGGAAUUUUACUUCGCUAGAAGUCUAGUACAUUUCCCAUUUUUCAUCUAUUUUUGCUCAAAUUCUCACUGAGCUAACUAUAGUCUUCCGGCUGGUUGUUAAGUGGAGAGUAUGUUCUGGCCCCAGUGGAGGAGAGCAGUGCUGCUUAGGAGCUUGCCUGGAAGAGACAGGGACAGUUGGUCCCUGUCUUAGGUGACAGAGCUGAGCUACUCCUCAGUAGUGACAGUGGCAAGACUGGGCUUUCCCUUUCCUCUGGAAGUGCCCACAGCUUGUCACUCUUAGUGACAGUGCUCUGAACCCAUGCACUGCAGUUCUGCUAGUGGCUUAGUUAUAGUAAGACACUGUUUGCCUGUGUGGCUCCUCUCUCUUGUGACUCUGGAGACUUGGUACAAUGUAAUCCCUCUCCUUUUUGUGCUCUGUAUCCAGAUGGAAGAUACUGCCAAAUACAGGAAAUAAAAGAAGUGACAGCCCAAUAUAGAAAGAUUUUCGACUCAAUUGUGUUUCCAGAGUAAUAUAUUUGGAAAUUUUAGUACAUAUUUUUGAGAUUUGAAUCUGCCCUCAAACCAAGAGGUGUUAUACUACUGGGUUUCUAGGACUGAUUUUAAAGCAAAGCCGGCUAAAUAUUUUUUAGCGUUAGGGCUCUGCCUUGCUGAGUAGGCUCAAUGGUUUCCUGUUAACUUGCCUAGGUUUCCUUCUACUUGAUUCUUCAGCUGCAGAGGUGGAUGCUGAGUAGCCGGGUCUGUAAGAGGAGAGAUACUUAGCGUGAAGAGCAAGCAGUAGCCAGACUAUGAACUAGACUAGCACUUAUUCUAACAUGAGCUGGUUGGUUUUUCAGUUGUUCAUGGUAUGAUUUCUUACGCUAGGCAGACAUGCUGACCGGGCAAGGAGUCAUCCUGAUGUCUUGUGUUCUUACAAAUGCUUGUUAGUGGCGGGGCGGGUACUCCAUGACACCUUGCUAAGACUUACCUGGCUAGGUCUCUAAUUCAGAGAUGUACCGUCCAUCUGCUCUUAAAUUGUGCUCUGUUCUUGUCAUUUAUUGGGAACAGACUCUCCCCAAAGUGCUAAAUAUAUUUAAAAUUUUUUCUCAGAGGUUUUUAGAUCUUCUAUAAAUAAGUAUUUACUAUAUUGCAAAUCAAAUUUCUGUAAAACACAUUAUUUGUAAUGCAGUUCUUGAUAAAAUAUUAUGUAAUGUUAAUUUUGGUUUUAGCUGUAAAUUUUCUACGAAGAAAGAAUUCUAAUUUUAAGGAUUUUUUUUUCUGCUUUUUAGGAAAAAAACUUUUAUUCGGGUUAUUUUAAUUAUAUUUGUGCUUUUUUUCUACCUGACAGUCCCUUUAGCCCCAUGAAAAAAGAAUUGUUAAAAUUAAAACAAAUUAAGUUAAAAGCUUAAAAGCAUUAUGAUGUUAAGUAUUGAAAUUGAAUAUUAAGCUGUACAGAGCAGGUUUUUUUUUUUUUAAUGAACAAAUGUUAGAG